AACGGUGAUACCCGAUGCAGCAAGCUGAUCCCGUUCAGCUGUUCCGGGUUCCGGCUGUCAGGUUGGGUCUCCUAGACGAAACUUGACCAACUGGAAAACAAACAAUUUUCUCCGGUUACUUUAUGCUUGCGUUUGCCUGGAGGUCGUGGGAAAAGCAAUAUGAAACCGACGCAGUGCUAUCGCGAAACAUCAGGUUUUCAUAAUUAAUCAACGCUGCAUUAUACCCGAGGCGGUUUUUAGGUUAUUUGUGAAAAAAUAAUUUGCAAAAUAAGCUGAUAUCAGGUGCAAAAAGAACUGCACUGCGAUGGAAUUUACAGCGGAGAAUCUAGAGAAGGCAGUGUGUCUAUUCUACAGAUCGGAAGCGGCACAGCAGGCAGAAGCGCAUCAGUGGCUCACAGAAGCACAGAAUUCCCCUCAAGCUUGGAGUUUUGUGUGGGAAUUAUUGCAUCCCCAAAGGACAUCUGAAGUACAAUUUUUUGCUGCUACAACUUUACACAAUAAGAUUUUGAAGGCCUGGGAUGAAGUGCCACAGGAACAUUAUGAGAAUCUUAAGAAAAGAAUAUUGGAUGCCAUUGUUAACUUUGCAAUGGGGCCCAAAAUUGUUUUGAAUCGUCUCUGCAUUACAUUAUCUGCGUACAUAAUCCACACAGUUCCCCACCACUGGCCAAAAGCAUUCGAAGAACUAGUAAGCAGUUUUCAACCCCAAUAUCUCCCGAACGUCGAACCCGAACGAGUUAUAUGGAUAUUGCUGGAGAUUCUCACCGUUAUCCCCGAAGAAUUCGAAAGCACAACACUCGCGACGAGCCAAAGACAUCGCGUCAAGUCAGUCCUCCAGGAAGUCUCCAAAGAUAUCCUCAAAGUGGUGGAGAUGUGCCUAGUCCCCAUACCAAAUGCAAAUUUUGAUAUGUCUAACAUAACGACCUAUCUACAUUCAUCGCGCUGUGCAGCCGCAUGGAUCCAACUCGGCGGUGUCACCAUCGACGAUUGCUCUCGCGUCAUGAAUCUCCUCGUCGACCUAACAUGUUUCGUCUACUGGAAUCGCUCCGACCCCGAAUGCAUGAGCGCCGAAGAAAUGGAACUCAUCGAAGUGACACUCGAGGCACUCACCGCAGUAGUACAACAUCCACACACCACGAAAUACCCCGGCUACGUCAUGAAGCACACGACGAACAUUCUCGACAAAUUCAAUAAAAUCCUAAACAACGAGAAGGCCAGCGCCGAAUUGAAUAAGGACAUCAUGACAAGUAUUUAUUUAUUGAUAGAAACAAUCGGCGAUACGCACUGUAAACUAUUCGUGAGUAGUUUGAGAAGCAACGAAGAGACUGACAGAAAGAUCGCGAAUGAUUUAUUCGGAUGCAUAUUGGGAUGCACGGAUUUACCAGGAACCUAUCCAGUGGAUGAAACAAGUAGUACAGUCACGUUUGGUUUCUGGUACACAUUACAAGAAGAUAUCUUAUCAUUGGAUACAGCACAAUGCGCAGAGUUAUUACUAAUCAUCAAACCAUACUAUCGACAGUUGACGUGUGUAAUGCUGCGCAAGUCUAUGUUUCCAUCCAGUGAAGAAGCGUCCAAUUGGACACUGGAUGACAAAGAGAUGUUCCGAUGUUACCGGCAGGACAUCAGCGAUACUUUCAUGUACUGCUACAAUGUGUUAAACAUUGAAAUGUUGGACAUACUCAUCGUGCAACUGCAGGAUGCGCUCACAAAAUGUGUGAUCAAUUCAAACAAUUGGAAUCUUGUCGAAAGUGUCCUGCAUGCUUUCUCAUCAGUUGCCGAAUGCAUUGAACUUGAAAAUCUUUUCCUUCCCAAGUUGAUGCAUAUUCUCAAAACAAUACCGUAUGAUGAUCUACACGUGAAAGUCCUGAGCAGUUGUUUGGAGUGUGUGGGCUCGUAUUCGGAAUGGUUAGCGGACCAUCCGAACAUGUUAUGUAAAGUUGUCCCGCUGGUUAUCACAGGAUUGACUAAUCCCGAAGUGUCGCCAGCCGCCACGAUGGCGCUGAAAGACUUAACGCACAAUUGUCAAAAGUUUUUACUUCCAUACGCCGAGGAAAUACUAAUCGCAUGCCAAAAUGGCCUCCAGGGCGGUAAUCUAAAGCUGUCGGAAUGUGUGCGUAUUAUGUACAGUGUUGGUAAAGUAUUGAGCAUUGUCCCCGUGGCGAAUACCAUGCAGUAUUUGAAUGUUAUUCUUGCGCCGUCAUUCGAAGAGAUUCAGAGCUUGUUAUCGCAGCCAGAAAGCGAUGCGGUUGCUGUGCGCCUAGCGACACGACUCAAAAUACUAUCAGCGUUGUUUGGUUCGUUGCAUGUGGUACCACUGGAUGCUGAUGAGGAAAAUAGCAUGCCACCGCAGAAUAUUGAACAACCUCUAUUACUAGUUGUGCAGAAUACAAUGUCUUUAUACACGAUAAUCGGAUCUAAAUAUCAUACAAACACAGAGGUGAUUGAAGUACUGGCUUUGCUUCUGAAACAAACUCUGACUACAUUGAUGGAUGAUGCCAAGCCAUUGGUGAAUGAUAUUUUAACUUUGGUCGUGCGUAUUUAUCGUGAAACACCUCAGCCGAGUAUAUUGGUUGUCGCACGCACGGCCAUGAUUCUUUUUGGUAAAGAGCCUGAAUACAUUGCUACAAUGCAGCACUUGUUAGCGGAGAUUAUCACAACAUCGCUGACGUUAAUCGCGCAAUUGAACAGUACAAAUAACCUCAGCGAGAAGACCGAUCUUAUAGAAGGGUUCUUCUUGUUACUAGCGCAGAUUUUCAAAAAAGUGGCUGUGCUCAUUGCAAAUGGCGGCGUUGAUUGCUCGGCGUUGUUUCAAUGCGCGACGGUUUGCCUAGGCAUGAAUGAAUUGGCGGCCAUUAAAGCUUGCACAUCGUUUUUGGUGAAUUUUAUUACGCAUAGUCGUGAAACUGGACAGGCGGCCGUCGUGCAGAACUACGGGGAGGCACUAGUCAUGAGAGUUUUACUCUGUUUAGGAUCAGCGCCAAGGGCGUCCGCAGAUGUCCUCGCCGAUAUCCUACUGGCGUUGAAUAAGAAAUACUGUGAUAAUUUCGCGCGGUGGCUGCAAGGGCUGCUGCAGCAGGAGGGCUUCCCAUCGCCGAGGGUGAACGCACAACAGAAGGAGCACUUUGUCAAGGCGGUGCUUCGAGAAAAGGCCAAUAAAAGAAAACUAAGUGAAACUGUCACCGAGUUCACGCUGUUAUGCAGAGGGAUUUUGACUAGUGCUUAAUUUACUCUCAAGCAGCCAUCUCCAGAGGAAUAAUAAUACCGUCAUCGUCGUCCAUGUAGCCGUAGUAGUCGGCGUCGAUGUCCUUCAUCAUCUCGGCGCGCGUUUUGCGCGGAGGCGGCGGCGGUUCCUGCUCAAACAGCUCGCGCACGCCUGCAACCGUGCACAUCAGAAAUGAAGCAAAAAUAUUUUAAUUACUACAUGUCCCGUGAUUACAGAUUACCAUUAGCUGCUAAUUAGUGAAUGUUUCAACUCUAGUGUAAACACUAAUUCGCUAGGGCGCGCGACGCGCCGACAAGUUAAAUAACUCAACUCCCUCCAAGCGAUUGAUUGAUCAAUGUCCCUCUUAAUAUUAUGUGAAUGAUGACGAUGCAAAUAACGACUGAUUGGAUGUGAUUCGUGAUGAAGACUCGGUCAAUAAAUUAAAUUAUUUUAACUUAAA